AUGGAGCCAGAAGCCUUAAAAAUUUGCCCUUACAACCCUCACCACCGAAUCCCACUCAGCAGAUUUCAGUACCACCUGGCAUUGUGCAAGAGAAAGAACCCCAAGAGAGCCAAACCGAUAGCCAGCUGCAAAUACAACACCCACCUCGUGGUCCCCAUCAAAAAGCUGGAGGAGCACGAAGCUGCCUGUGCCAACAGAGGUGCGGUGGACAGCUCGAGCCCUGGGACAGUCAGCCUUCCAAGCUCAGGGCAGAACAGAAGCACCUCUGCAGCGUCAUCCUGGCUCCCCAGCCCCGAGGUCUGGAAUGUCGAUGGCACUAUUUGCCACCCCAUGUUUGUCCUUAAGACUUCUGUUUCCCAAUAA